AAUUCACGACGGAAAGAGACACAGUUCCAGCAUUGAUUUUAUCAUGAAUCGAUUAGUGGCCGUCUUCAGUUUCUGUCUUCUUCUGGUCGCAGGACACUCGGUGGAGGAAGCACAGGACACAAAGGAGUUGCUGGCCAGCACUACCCCCUCGGUUGACGAGGGAUUUCCCAAUGGAUCUGACGAGCUCACCGAGCUGCCCGAACCCCUUGCAGCGAGUCCGAUGGAUGUCAACAAGAUCAAUUGGCUGCCCGUGUGGGAGGAGCAUGAGCUGUCGAGGUCUGCCCGGGAAGUGGUAGAGCAGCCAGCUGACACUAUCCUCACCCCUGAGCCUUCGUCGCCCCAAGACACAGUGGAGGAUGCACUGCUGCCCAAGGAACACAAGGAGUGCCCCAACAAUGCCGAGCGCGGCCUAACCAAUCUCAUUCGGGUGGCCCGCCCGCUGCUGCCCGCUCCUCGACUGAGGAACAUCUUGGCGAACGCUGUCGAGGAUCCCCAGGUUCGGAACCUGGUCGCAUUGCUUCGGAGCGAUGGCUUCAAGACACAAGUCCAGCGGUUGAGAGCCACGAAGCAGCACCAGGUGCUGCACGACUAUAUCUGCCGGCGGCUGAAACUGGAUCCCAAUUAUUACGUGGAGUUCGUCAGGGUGUUCCUCGAUGUCCACAUCUCCGACCCACCGACCUCUAAGCUUCCCAACCGCCGCCCAGGAGUCCGAGGCCUCCUCCAGGACCUCCGGGAUGCUCUGCCGCGCGCCACCCUGAGAGAUAUGUAUCGGCGACUGUACGCCUCAGACUCCGAGCUCUCGAGCGCCGUGCGCCUCAUCCGCAGCUCCGAGUUCCGGCGGAUGCUUCGCGAUCUCCGCUCCCUGAAGGAGUACCGCUCCCUGAGCGACGAGGUGGAGAAGGCGGGAGUACCUCUGCGCCAGCUUCAGCAGCUGGUGACCAAUGCCCUGGGCUGGACCACCGUGGACAUGGGUGCAGAGACUGUCAUUUGGAGCGUUUAGGUGGUGCAGACUGCUUUGCUGUAACUUUUUUGGAAAUUUCCAUCUUUCACGAGUCGAGAACAUUGUUUGUCUUUAGUUUAUCCUUUAUCAGUGAUUCAGAUUUUCAAAGGGAAACCAUUUAUAUUCUUUCUUAAUAAAAUU